AUGCGAUUGCGAGCGGACAACGCCCGGUCCCAACGAACCGGCGCCCCCGAUUACGAUGACCCAAGCUUCUGGGACCGGAAAUUCGCGACCGGCCAGGAUGUCGGCGAAUGGCUGAACGCCGGCGAAAUCCUGCUGGACGCUCUGAUCUCUUUCCUCGAGACCCGGUCGGCCGCGGAAGCCGCGAAAGCCGCACCGCGAGUCCUCCAUCUUGGCCCUGGGAUCUCGAAGCUUGGAGGUAGAGUCCGCGAUGCUUUUGUCGCGCGGGGAUGGAGGGGAAGUGGGAUUGUGAACGCCGAUUUCUCCUCCGAAGCCGUUCGUCUCGGUCGCGAUGGCGAGAGGACACAGGACACCGCGCACGCGAUGCACUGGGUACAGACGGAUCUCCGCUUGUGGCUCGAUGUUUCGAAACUCGGCCCUCUCGGUCCCUUCGACGCGAUCAUUGACAAGAGCACGAGUGAUGCCAUUGCGACGUCUACCCCCGUGACGCUGAACACCGACCCAUCCGAACCGUCGUCAGUCUGCCCGAUAAUCCAGGAUACCUUUACAAACGCAAAAGAAUCGGAUGGAGACGGAGAGAUAACGUUGUCGUCGGUUGAGCUCCUGGGUUUGCACCUUGUACCCCUGACGAAGAAGGGAUCGAGGUGGUUUGUACUCUCGUACUCGGCCUUCAGGUUCGAGGAUGUGCCUUGGCUCUUUGAGUACUGGGAGGUUGUUGCGCGGAUGCCCAUUGAAGCGCCUGGUGGUCUGACUGCGUCCGGGGCGAAGGCGCCGGCCGUUUAUCAUUGGGUUUAUACGUUGCAACGGAGACGCCCAUCCCCAUUAUUCUUGUUCUUCUCGAAACCGAAUUCCGACAUUCUUUUUUUGAUUCUUGCCCAAGGCUCAAAGCUGGAUCGAUGUGUGAGCUUGAACAAGGAUCGUCGCCGGAAUUUGCCAGGUCUUUGCCCCUUUACCACGGGCCUCCGAGGAGAAACCGAAGUUGAGAAGAUCUCCGGUCUCAUCGAGUUUGCAAAGUUUCUCGACAUGGUCGGUGUCACCCAGGCCGAGGCGUCCGUGGCCGAGGACAUUAAAAGCGUGAUUGCGGAUGCCUCUUCCAAUCUUUAUAGCUCUGACAAUGAUCGAAACGUUCGUCAUGUCUUGAGUGAGCAUUUAUAUUCCGCAUCUGAUCUCCCUCCAGGACAUCCUGUGCGGCACAUACUCGCAACUGCCGCAGUCGAAAACUUUCUGCUCUUUGAGACAUUUAAAUUCCGCGCUGAAAUCCGAGACCUGCCAGGUUUUACGGGCGAUCUCUUGGAAGUCCUGAGGUCUCCUUUGUUCACUGUUAAAUUAAAAGAUUAUUCUUCCCUGCAGGGACAAAGUGUGAGCCUCCUAUAUGCAGCAACACAAGAAGGCUACGAAGCAGCAGCAAAGGUUCUUCUCAACGCAGGCGCAAAUCCCAGUAUACGAUAUGCUCCAGAGAGCUGGACGGACACAACACCCCUUCUAAACACCGUAGCCGGCGGCAACCUCGAAAUCAUACGCCUCCUCAUCGCGCAUGGCGCGAGCGUCCAUGAACAUGAUGGCGUCGCAAGAACACCGCUCGAUGUCGCUGUCCGGAUGAAUUACGUGAAGGCCCACGGCGGCGACAAGGAUCUCCCGUGGACCCUGGCGUCCGGGCUCACGCUUCUUUAUGGAGCUGCCGCCAGGGGACAGGUUGAAGCUGUAAGACUUUUACUCGAUGCCGGUGCCGACCCAAACGCUCAAGUUUCCUUGCAUAUGGAUUGUUCCGACAAUAGUACUAGCCACACUAGGCCCGCGCCGCUGCUGGUUUUACAGGCCGUGGCGGAAGCGCGCUUCGGAUCCGCGACCCUCUGGGUCCGGAAUUUCGCGGGCAAGGCUGGAACUAGCUUCCUGCUUUGUCGCAAGGAACAAUGGCGGCCUGGCGAGAGGGAGACGUAUGCGGAGAUCCUAGGGCUUUUGAUUCCGGCCGGUACGGAUGUUACUAGUGUUCAUCAGGGAUCGGGGAGCAUGCCGUUGCGUUUGGCUGCUGCGACGGGAAAUCAGGCUGCCGUUGAGGUACUAAUUCAGGGGAAUGUGGAUGCUUUUGCAAAGCUUGCAAAUGGGGUCGAUGCGCUUUAUAUUGCGAUGGGGUGUGGGUAUCAUGGUAUUGUUCGGUUUUGGAGGAUGCGAUGGAAGAGGGAGAGGAGCCAACCCACAUCCAACGGCUCUGGUGCAAUGGAGGACGGGUGUUUAGAACACCGUCGAUAG